AUAUUUGCUACAUGAAAUAAGCCUGUUUGUAUUCACUCUUUUAGCCUGUCCUUUUUAGUCACCCGGGUUUCGAUCGCUAGACCAGUGGCGUUCUAUGCGCUCUCUGACCCAAACGUUAAAAUUAUUAGAGAAAAUAAUGAAAGACUAGACAGACAGGUCUUGUAUGCUAAUAUUGAUUGUAUUUUUUUAGGCCGUCACAGUUUAUGACUAUCUGCCCUUAUUAUUUUUAAAAUAGGCUAAAGGAUUUUCAUAUUUUCAGUCGAGACGGAUUCAGUUUUAUACACAAUUGAGAUAACUUAUUUGAUUAUCCUGUUUACUACUGAUAUGCCAAGAUUCAAAGCAACUCCCCAACAGUUUAAUCUAAAUAGUAAAAAGGAAUCCUCGAACGAUGAAGAUAACAUUGAUGAUAUUGUAGAUGAUUUGAGUUCUAAUGAUGUUGAUAGUCAAAGCAGUAAUAAUCAUGACGAUAGCAGUGAUGAUCAUCAUGAUGACAGUUUACAAGAAGAUAAUGAUGAUGAAGCGCUUGAAUAUGACACCAACCGUACUAUUAUGAAAAGAUCUCCAGAUACUGAUGAGAAUAGUCCGAAACAGAAACAAAGGAAAACUUGUCAAAAUUCAACUGAACCGAUUCCAGUCACCACGGAAUGUUUGAAUACCUUACAAACAGCGGCUUUUCUUGCACAGGCAGCUGCUGUGGCCACUGUUGCCGCACUCUCUUCUGGACAGUUGAUACCAAUUUUUCCUUCUGAAACACCACCGAUAGCUCCUCUUGGUUUAUCUUUACCAACAAUACCUAAUGAAAAUUUCACUGAAACAACAACAGCGACCGUAAAACCAACAGAAGAAUCAAAUGACACAGUGUCGAAUCGAAAUAAUGUUAAUUUGUCACCUACUGCUAAACACCAAAAUCCUAAUGCAGCAAUGUGGGGUCCAUCCUCAAAUAACAGUGAUGCCGAUAAUGAUGAAGGUGCUGACGAAGAUGAUGAUGAGGGUAAUGCGACUGAUAAAAAUUUACAUCAAUGCAAAUCUCGGGAACGUGAAAAACAGUUUAUCAAUUGUCCAGUAUGCUGUAAAACAAUGAGACGAGGUUCUUUGCGUGAACAUAUGGAUCGUCAUGCAAAUAGUGGCAAAUUUAAAUGUGAUGCAUGUGAGAAAACAUUUAGUCGUGCCAGUGCUCGUGAAAAACAUAUACGAACACAUACUGGUGAACGUCCUUACAAAUGUGAAUUAUGCUCAAAAGCUUAUAGACAAAAAGUUCAUUUAAAUGAACACCUUCGUUCACAUACUGGUGUUCGACCUUAUUUAUGUAAAUUAUGCGGUUUUUGUUUAGCCUCUAAAUCGCUACUAAAUCGACAUUUGCGUACGCAUGGAAUUAAAAAAAAUCUUGAUAAUGAUACUGAUGUUUGGAUGAAAAUUGAUGCACCUAAAGAAGAAGUUUUAAAUAUUGCCGCUGAAGUUGGUCGUGUAUUAUCACAAAGACAAAAUGAAAGUUUGGAUAAUGACAACCAUACUACUAAUAUUGAUAAUAACAGUAGCAAUAUGCAAUCAUUCAAAAUUGAACAAACUUUAAGUAAUUCAUUCAACAGCGACUGUAUCUUACAGUUAACACCUAGAGGGUCAGUGACAUUUGGUCGCAAAUAUUUAUGUAAUCUGUGUCCAGCUGGUUUUCCUACAGUACAAGCCCUAAGAAGUCAUCGUAUGACUACACAUAAUGUUGUUACACCACACAAAUGUCCACAGUGUAGUGAAUCAUUUAGUUCGCUGAAAUUAAUGGAAGGACAUUUGAGAAAACUUCAUCCACAGGUUUGUCCAAUAUGUUCAAAACAAAUGCCUGAGCGUCGUAAAUGGAUGGUUGAAGCGCAUAUAAGAGAAGCACAUCCAGAAGCAGUAGCUGAACACGUAGGUUCAUCUUCACAAAGUAAAAAUCACAAAAAGAUUAAAUCGAAAGAAAAUGCUAUCAGUGCUACUACUACUACCACUACUCCGGCUACUUCUAUUAAUAAUACUGCUCUGGAAAAACAUACUAAUAAUUGUGUUUCAUUAGAACUAAGGAAAUGGAAAGAUUUUAGACCAGAUAAAGUGCACUCUUCAACUGAUGAUGAUGAUGAUGAUGAUGAUGAUGACGAUGAUGAUGACGAAGAUGAUGAGAAUGAUAUAGAAGGAGAUGAUGAAGAGGAUGAAGAACGAGAGUCUCAUUUUGAUCAAGAAUCAUUUAAAGAUUCAAAUAAUGACUGUAAUGUUAAUGUACUUAAUGAAAAUACUAGUGUUUAUUCUAUAGAUCAUGAACAACUAGAAGAGGAAAAUAGUUUAUUUUUACAAAUGAAUGAUAAUAAUGAAAAAACUGAUUUCAUAGUUGAAACUAAUGAUAUCAAUCAAUUAGAAUUGGGUUCUAGAAAUGGAACAGAAAGAUAAAUUCAUAUAAACAUACUAAUCAAAUUAAUAAUUCAAUUAUAAAAUCAAACAAAACCGAUUUUGUUAAUAAUACAGAAAAGAGUACAAUGAAUCCUUUUUUACUGUAAUUCUUAAUACAGAGAACAAUAAAAACAAACGAAUAUUCUAGGUAUCCAUACCAAGGUUGAACUAGGUAAUUUCAAAUUAAUUGAGCAUUUGAUAGUGAGUUAAUAAUAAAUAUAUUUUUUGUUAUAUUCUAAUGAAUAGAAAAAAUGUAUUUACAGUGUUUCGUGACUUAAUCUACGUCACUUCUUCAGUGUAGAUAAAUAAUUGUCAUUAAAUGAACACAAGUUUGAAUAGUGUGUGUUCAUUAAAUGUCGACUAUUUAUUUACUCUGAAGAAGUGACUUAGAUUAAGUCACGAAACAUCAUAAAUACAUUUUUUCUACUCAUUAGAAUAUAACAAAAAUAUAUUUAUUAUUAAAAAAAUAUUACUUGUUAUUUAUUUAUUUAAAAUUUGUAAAAAAGGUUUAUAACUUAAAUUUUUGUUACUGUCAUUUCAUCUUCAUUUCUUCG